UUCGAGGCGGGAGUAAUUUUUGCUACUUAAACCUGCCUGCAAGAGAAUUUAGCCAAAAUAUAAAAUCAAACAGCAGAGAGAUCGAUUAUCUCAUACAAUUAUACAACACAAUUUAUUGUCAGAGCCAUGGCUAACAACCCUUCUCAACUUCUCCCUUCAGAGCUGAUAGAUCGAUGUAUUGGGUCAAAGAUUUGGGUGAUAAUGAAAGGAGACAAGGAGCUAGUUGGAACUCUCAGGGGUUUUGAUGUUUAUGUCAACAUGGUUCUCGAAGAUGUCACUGAAUAUGAAUUCACUGCUGAAGGACGUAGAGUAACAAAGCUGGAUCAGAUCUUGCUUAAUGGAAACAACAUUGCGAUUCUUGUCCCUGGUGGUUCUCCUGAUCCAGAAUGAGUGUGGUGGCCUGGGGAUUUUCUUUUGGAAUUGUCCGUGGUUUUAUCAGGGCAGCAAUUUUAAGGAAUGUAGCUUACCUUAACUUAGUGUUGGCAUGCUUGUAAUGGAUGGAUGAAUUAAUCAAUAUGUUUUAUAAGCUAUUGUAUUUGACACAUGUUAAAUUAACUUUUUAUAAUCCUCUCAUGUAAUAUGAUUUUUUUUUUUGAAUUUAGACAUCUAUUGUUUUCCCUUA